AAGAACACAUGUUAUUUCACUUUCACUUUCACUUCUGUGUUCAUGAAUACACCAACGAGAACAUGUUAUUGCAAAUAUGAUAACCACAAUUUUAAUUUCAUUCAUGCAGUUUUCCAUCGUAGCCCCUCAUUCUCUUCAUCGCCAUUGCAUCGCAACCCAAGGGACCUUGUAUCCGAAAAAUAUCCAGUUGGUAAUGAUAGAUGAUGUCAUUGUCUAUUACUACAACAGCAGUGCUGAACAAGAGGCCGUAGUACCAGAAUGGUUGAACCACCCUGAGGGAAUUGAAUUUUGGCAGGAGGUUCAUCGAAAUCUGAAAUUUAAUCGAUAUGUAAUGGAUACUGCUGUGAGAGUAACAAGUGAACAUUACAAUCAUUCACAUGAUCACUUUUACCAAGCUCACGGACGCUGUGGAUGGAAGUCAGACGGAACCACAGAGGCCUUUAUGAGCCAUGCAUAUGACGGCAAGGACUUUGUCAGCUUCGAUGUAUCGACCAGAACAUGGACAGCUGCAGUUUCCCAUGCUGUUUUUUACAAAAGAAAAAGGGAAACAGAUUUAGAAGAUCUUGUUAGGCUGGUCAUUCAUUACGAAUCUGGAUGCAUCCGGUGGCUGGAGAAACUGUUAGAGUUUAGCGUUACAGUUCGAGAACCCAAAGUCCCUGCGGUGAGUCUGUUUGAGAGACCGCCUCAUGGCAACUCCAAGGUGGAGGUCACAUGUCAUGUGACAGGGUUCUACCCUCGGGCGGUGCAGGUGGACUGGCUGGGGGCAGAGGGGCUUCCCAUGGUAGACGGGGUGAACAGUGGGGAGGUGCUGCCCAACGGAGAUGGUUCAUACCAGCUAAGGAAGAGCCUGACUGUCCCACAGGAAGCCCAGGACACCCAGAGCUACAGCUGCCUGGUGCUCCACAGCAGUAUAGCUGGGAACAUCACAGUAACCUGGGCUCCAAAGAAGAACCUGGCCAAUGUGCUCAUGGCUAUAGUCAUCAUUGUAUCUGUAGUCUUGAUGCUCACUGUCCUAUUCAAGUAUUUAGUAUGGAGGAGAGCAGUAGCACAAAACCCAGAGUAAGAGGAUGACCAACGAUGAAUGAGAAAAGUCUGUAUGCAUUUGAUGCUCUAUACAACCCUAUAGUAAUUUACAAAAUGUUAAACGUGCUGCUUUUGAGGUUGAUGCUCUAUACAACCCUAUAGUAAUUUACAAAAUGUUAAACGUGCUGCUUUUGUGGUUGAUGCUCUAUACAACCCUAAAGUCAUUUACAAAUGUUAAACUUGCUGCUUUUGUGGUUGAUGCUCUAUACAACCUGAAAGUCAUUUACAUAAUGUUAGACUUGCUGCUUUUGUUGUUGUGGUUGAUGCUCUAUACAACCUGAAAGUCAUUUACAUAAUGUUAGACUUGCUGCUUUUGUUGUUGUGGUUGAUGCUCUAUACAACCCUAAAGUCAUUUAUAAAUGUUAAAAUUGCUGCUUUUGUUGCUGUGGUUGAUGCUCUAUACAACCCUAAAGUCAUUUAUAAAUGUUAAAAUUGCUGCUUUUGUUGUUGUGGUUAAUGCUCUAUACAACCCUAAAGUCAUUUAUAAAUGUUAGACUUGCUGCUUUUGUUGUUGUGGUUGAUGCUCUAUACAACCCUAAAGUCAUUUAUAAAUGUUAGACUUGCUGCUUUUGUUGUUGUGGUUGAUGCUCUAUACAACCCUAAAGUCAUUUAUAAAUGUUAAAAUUGCUGCUUUUGUUGUUGUGGUUGAUGCUCUAUACAACCCUAAAGUCAUUUAUAAAUGUUAAAACUGCUGCUUUUGUUGUUGUGGUUGAUGCUCUAUACAACCCUAAAGUCAUUUAUAAAUGUUAGACUUGCUGCUUUUGUUGUUGUGGUUGAUGCUCUAUACAACCCUAAAGUCAUUUAUAAAUGUUAAAACUGCUGCUUUUGUUGUUGUGGUUGAUGCUCUAUACAACCCUAAAGUCAUUUAUAAAUGUUAAAACUGCUGCUUUUGUUGUGGUUGAUGUUACAUUUUUUUGUUUGUCCUGUUCUUAUUUUACGAGCUGCAAGAUGUAAUCUAAACAACAAAUAAACAUUUGAGUAUGUCA